AUGACUCCUCAGGAGCCCGACACGCCCGGCGCAUUCCUGCGCUACCACCAGUUCAAGGUCUCCGGCGUACUCUUCGAAUGCCCCAGCUCCUAUGCCCCCAUCAAGCCCAUCGGGAAGGGGGCCUACGGCAUCGUUUGCUCCGCCUGUGACGUGCGCACCCAGGAGCGGGUGGCCAUCAAGAAGAUCGGGGCCAUCUUCUCCAACCCACUGGACGCCAAGCGCACCCUGAGGGAGGUCCAGAUCCUGCGCCACCUGACAGGACACCAGAAUGUGGUGGCCCUGAAGGACCUGUUCCCGCCCCCCUCUGGCCCCACAGAGUACAACGAUGUGUACAUGGUGCAGGAGCUGGCAGAUACAGACCUCCACCAGAUCAUCCGCUCCCCCCAGCCCCUCUCCGACGACCACGUGCAGUUCUUCCUCUACCAGAUGCUGCGCGGGCUGAAGUACAUGCACAGCGCGGGGAUCGUGCACCGGGACCUGAAGCCCUCCAACCUGCUCAUCAACAGCAACUGCGACCUCAAGAUCUGCGACUUUGGGCUGGCUCGGGCGGGGCCCGAUAUCAACGAGCUGAUGGUGGAGUACGUGGUAACGCGGUGGUACCGCGCACCCGAGCUCCUGCUCUCCUGCGCCGACUACGGGCCCAGCAUCGACAUGUGGUCGGUGGGGUGCAUCUUUGCAGAGAUGCUGGGGCGCAAGCCCCUUUUCCCCGGCAAGGACUACGUCCACCAGCUCAACCUCGUCUGCAAGGUGGAGCAGCCGGCUGGAGGGGAGACCGGGGUGGUGGGCACGCCCUGCGUGGAGGAGGUCGAGCGGGUGGCCAACCCCGACGCGCGCGCCUACCUGCGCUCCAUGCCCUACAUGCCGCCCAUCGACCUGGGCAGCACCUUUCCCGCGGCUCCCCCCGCGGCCAUCGACCUGCUGCGCGCCAUGCUGCGCUUUGAUCCCGGCGACCGCAUCGGGGUCCGGGCCGCGCUGGCGCACCCCUACCUGGCGCCCCUGCACGACCCCUCCGACGAGCCGGACUGCCCCUCCCCCUUUGUCCUCAACGGCGCGCCCGCCCAGCCCAGCCUCGAGCAGGUACGGCUGCGGAUGGGGCUGCGCCGGCCGCCCCAGGGCGAUGGGAGGGUGCUGGGGUUUGCUGACCUCAGGAUCCGGCAGGGCCUGUUCCAGGAGAUGGUGGCGUACAACCCCGACCUCCAGGCUCUGUGCUGA